AUGGUAGAAAAUUUCCCCAAACCAUUGUGCAACCAUUUCCCACAGGAGACAUUAGAAAAGCAUCUAGUAUCUUUGAAGAAGCAAAGGGAUGCUGUGAAACACAGACUGAAGAAACUGGCAGCCCGUCAGUCAGAAAUCACUAAAAAGUCUGCAGCGAUAAGAGAGAAUGUAGCGAUGAAAUAUCAGGAGAUCCAGACGGUUCUGGAGGAGGACCUGCGGCUCACCUUGUCCCACCUGGAGAUGGAGGAGAGGGCUGCAGUCUCUGCCUUAGAUGGAUUGAUGGAGAGAAACUGUGCUCUGAUCCAGGGAAUAGAGCAGGACUUGGCCAGACUUUCUUUAGUUUUGGAGCACUGUGACACAGAACCUGAUUCUAUGUCGUUCGUUUUACAUGCUGAACUGGACGACACAGAGACAGCAGAUAGAGUGUUGGAUGUCCUCAACCAAUCAGAUCCCAGCAGUGUGAGCCUUGAUGAAGCUAAAGCUAACCAGAUCCUCAGCCUCACCAACAGCAUGCUGCUCCUUGUCUGCUCGCAGAUCCCGUUAAUGAAGAAGCUCCUGAAAAGCUAUUCCAGUGAGGUGCACCUGGACCCAGAGACGGCCCACCCAAAGUUGGUCAUCUCCCCUAAAUGUGACAGCGUCUCCUACACAGACGCCUGGCAGAAACUCCGUGACCAACCAGGACGGUUUGACACCACCCUCAACGUCAUCAGUCUGCAGGGCUUCAGCUUUGGCCGCCAUUACUGGGAAAUUGAUGUGACUGGGAAGACGUAUUGGGAGCUUGGUGUUACCUUCCCCUCCAUUCCUCGCAAAGGCGUAUCUGAGGAGUGCUGGCUGGGUCGGGGCGCCGUGUCCUGGUGUGUGGAGUUCUUUGAUGGGGAAUACACAGCCUGGCAUGGAGGGGUGCCUCACCAGCUGCCUUUUACGAAACGUUUCUGUCGAAUUGGUGUUAUGUGCAGCUUUCCUGCCGGCCUGGUGACAUUUCUAGAGGCGGACAAAAUGACGCCACUGUUCUCAUUCUGUGCUGGAACCUUCUCUGAGUGCCUCCACCUGGCCCUGUGUCCUGGUCACAACCACAGCGGCACCAAUUCAAGUCCUAUUUUAAUCUGUAAUGAAUCGUCUCCUACAAGUGACCUGUAGCUGCAUAAGAACAUGAUGUACAAAAAUGCAGGGCUGGCACAAGAUUUUUUAGGGACCCUGAGCAGCACAGGAUUUGGGGUCCCAUUUACAUUGUA